AUGCUAUUAAACAUCUCUUCUUCUCCAAUCUCUCAUCGAAACCCUCGCUUUUUCUCCAAUUUCACCAACCCAACCUCCUUUCUCCCUCGCCGAUCCAAAACCCAUCUCUCAAAAUCUCACCUUUUCCCAAAUCUCCCUGCUUUCUCGAAACAGAGCUUCAAAAACAGGAGAUAUGGAGAAAGGUUCGAUUUUAGAUCAAGAGCUCUCCCUGGGCUUGAUUUAGGAAGCUUCGAAUCCGUUUUGGAAGCUACUGCUGUUCUUACAGCGAUCAUCGUCGUCCACGAAUCCGGUCAUUUCCUCGCUGCUUAUCUCCAAGGGAUUCAUGUGAGUAAAUUCGCGAUUGGGUUUGGUCCGAUUCUAGCGAAAUUCGAUUUCAACAAUGUCGAGUAUUCUCUUAGGGCUUUUCCUUUAGGUGGUUUCGUUGGUUUCCCUGAUAAUGAUCCCGACAGUGAGAUUCCACUUGACGAUGAGAAUCUGCUUAAGAACAGACCGACUUUAGAUAGAUCGAUUGUAGUUUCAGCUGGAAUUAUCGCUAAUGUGAUCUUUGCUUAUGCGAUCAUCUUUGUUCAAGUGUUAUCCGUUGGUUUGCCUGUUCAAGAAGCAUUUCCUGGUGUUCUUGUUCCUGAAGUUAAGACCUUUUCUGCUGCUUCCCGUGACGGAUUGCUUUCGGGUGAUGUAAUCCUCGCUGUGGACGGUACUGAACUGUCGAAAACCGGGCCUGAUGCUGUCUCCAAGAUUGUUGACGUUGUUAAAAGAAACCCGAAGAGUGAUGUUUUGUUUAGAGUCGAAAGAGGGGAUAAAGAUUUCGAUAUUCGGGUCACACCGGAUAAGAACUUUGAUGGGACGGGGAAGAUUGGAGUUCAGCUAUCACCGAACGUGAGAAUCACUAAGGUGAGACCAAGGAACAUUCCCGAAACGUUUAUUUUCGCGGGGAAGGAGUUUAUGGGGCUAUCGUUUAAUGUUUUGGACGGUCUAAAACAAACGUUCUUCAACUUCUCUCAGACAGCGAGUAAAGUAUCAGGUCCUGUGGCAAUCAUUGCAGUUGGAGCAGAAGUAGCGAGAUCAAACAUCGAUGGGCUUUACCAAUUCGCAGCAUUGCUGAAUAUCAACCUUGCGGUGAUCAAUCUCUUGCCGUUACCCGCACUUGACGGUGGAACAUUGGCAUUGAUAUUGUUGGAAGCGGUUAGAGGAGGGAGGAAGCUUCCCGUAGAAGUGGAACAAGGGAUAAUGUCUUCAGGGAUCAUGCUUGUCAUAUUCCUUGGAUUGUUUCUCAUCGUUAAGGACACACUUAGCCUUGAUUUCAUUAAAGAAAUGUUGUAG